AAAGUCGAGAAGCGCAAUCGGGCCCCGGUCUCUUGCGAGCCAUGUCGGCUCCGAAACCGCGGCCAGCCCUGCGAAGGAUGCGUCAAGCGAGGCCAGGCAGCCUCAUGUCGCUAUGCUCCCAACGCCAUUCGGAACAAGCCUCGCGCGCAAAAGGUGAAUAUACAGGAGCGGUUGGAUAAGCUGGAAAGCCUGCUAUCUUCGAUGGUGUCGACAGCAUCUCCUCCUGCGCCUGUUGACUUUGGAGCUGCCCUUGGAGCUGGGCAUCACGGAAAAUCUGCCGCCGGCUCCGGCUCCGGCUCCAGUACGAGCAAACUACCUCAUCGCCACGAAUCUGGCGACGGCCAAGUCGUCUACGUAGAUCCCAGCCACUGGAUGGCCAUUCUGGACGAGAUCAAAGAGGUUCGAGAGCAUCUGUCGGCGUCUGAUCACCCCUUGCUGCAGGAACAAUCACAGCACAAGAGCCACCCACCGGAAGAAGAAGUCAGCUUUUUGUAUGGCGCAUCACCGGCUACUAAUAUGGAAGACAUCUUGACCGAUCUGCCGCCAAGGCAAACAUGCGACUCUCUCAUUUCUCAGUAUUUCAAUUCACAGUUUAUGGCUUCAGGAAUUUUGCAUCCGGCAAAGUUUCAAAAAGAAUAUGAGAAGUUCUGGGAAUCUCCCACAGAGGCCCCGCCGCUUUGGAUUGGGCUGCUAUUCUCCGUUUUGAGCAUCACGACAGCGCUUCGCCUCAUGUCCACUCCAUCUGAACCAGAUACCACGACGCCAACUCUCCAUACCUUACGACGAAGAGCUAUUGAGUGCCUAAAGCUGGGGAAAUUUGCCACUGCGAAUGCGUAUUCCCUAGAGAUCCUUUUCAUCCACAUGCAAUGCAGCUUCUUGGUGCAUCAAAAGCUCACUUCCGACCAUUGGUUUGAAAUGGGUACUUUGAUCCGCCUCGCCUUCAGAAUGGGCUACCAUCACGACCCAGAGAACUUGCCGGGAAUUUCCGUCUUUGACGGGGAGAUGCGACGUCGCCUCUGGCAAAACCUAGUUCAGGUGGAUGCACUGAUGUCUUUUCAGAUGGGACUCCCUAGCAUGAUUCCCACCGAAUUCUGCGACACCAAAGUGCCCAGAAACUUGCAGUUCUCUGAUCUCUAUUUAGGAAUGGGCUCGCUGCCUGACGGGCGACCACUAUAUGAAAACACACCCAUCCGAUAUCCUAUUGCAAAAGCCGGCAUCAUGGUUGUGUUUAAAAAGAUUGUUGCCCAUUCUCUUUCUGGAUCGCUUCCCGUUUAUGACAACACAAUCGUGCUGGAUAACGAAAUGAGGGAGGCGUACAGUGUUCUGCCAAAUGUCUUGAAAGCGAGAGAUGUUAGCCGGUCAUUCAUGGACCCAUCGAGCCUCAUUGUCCUCCAUCGACGCUUCAUCACCUCUGAAUCGGACAGUCACAGAGUAGAGCACUCGAGGCGUGCCUGUGUUGAAGCGGCCCUCGAUAUUUUAGCUCGUCAGGCAGAUAUACACCAAGCAUCGCAGCCCGGAGGCCGCCUCUACGACGAUCGAUGGAUGAUGUCUUCGCUCACCGUGCAUGACUUUCUUCUUGCCGCCAUGGUACUUUGUUUGCAUCUUUCAGUUUCCCUCCGGAGAACAUCACGUCCCUCUACGGCUAGUAGAAGCGAUGGGGAUUUGGCCAAAAGAGAACAUCGGGCGUUGAUAACGUCACAAAAAAUCUGGGCAUCUGAUGGCUCAAACUCUCCCGAGACGCGAAUCGCGGCUUUGGCGCUCGAUCUGAUGGUGCAAAAGGUU